UCUUCCCCUUUUUUCACUUGGGAUUGCCUUCCAUCGCCCCAUGAUAGUGCCCAAAAACCUCAUGCCUAUAACAAUGCUGUCGUACGUAGGCUGCAGCUUGCUGAUCCUCUCCGCGUCUCUCGCCGGUGCCUCCCUGGCCGAGAUCGUGUUCCGCUGCCCGGGCUGCACCGCGGAGCGCCAGGCGCUGUGCCCAAAGCUCACCGAGGCUUGCGCGGAGAUAGUGCGCGAACCGGGCUGCGGGUGCUGCCCCGUGUGCGCCCGGCAAGAGGGCGAGAUGUGCGGCGUGUACACCCCGAGGUGUUCCACCGGUCUGCGAUGCUACCCGACGCCCGACUCGGAGCUUCCCUUGGAGCAACUGGUGCAGGGCCAGGGGCAGUGCCGGCGCAAAGUGGACACCGAGACGACCACUUACGUCCAGGAGCACCGGGAGCAAACAAGCGGUGAGGCUGUGGAGCCGCUGCCUGAGCAGGGUGUGAGUGAGGUCCCAGCCAUCCGGAAGCCAAGUAAAGACACCUCCUGGAUGGGACCCAAGGAGAGCGCCGUACGCCAGCACAGGCAGGAGAUGAAGACCAAGAUGAAGACCAACAAGGUGGAAGAGGUGAAACCUACUCGGCCCAAGCAGACUCAGUGUCAGCAGGAGCUCGACCAGGUCCUGGAGCGGAUAUCCAAGAUGCCCUUCAGAGAUAACCGAGGUCCCCUGGAAGACCUGUAUGCCCUGCACAUCCCCAACUGUGACAAGAGGGGGCAGUAUAACCUCAAACAGUGCAAGAUGUCUCUCCACGGUCAGAGGGGCGAAUGCUGGUGCGUCAGCCCUCACACCGGACGACCUAUCCCAUCAGCCCCCACUGUGAGGGGCGACCCCAACUGCAGCCAGUACCUCACAGAGCAGGAGCUGGAGCUCCCUGACAUGGCCCAGAUGUAGCCUAGUGUGGCAUGAAACAUGAAAAAAAAAUUGUAAAGUACUUGGGAACAAAGAACAUCUGAGUAAGCUAUAUAUUACCUUUCUGUGUUUGUGUCUGUAGUUCAUUUGACGACAGUGAUAUUUGAAAACUUAACCACCAAAAAGGAUUAAAUGAUAGAUUCCAUCUUGCUGAGUAGGAUGUAACUGCAGAUUACUUUUAGGGGGAGCAGUAAACAUAAGACUCCUUCUCGUCAUAGAUAUUCAGUAGACGUCAGCUGGAGUGUCAGUGUCUUCGCUUUACUAAUUGUGACUUUGCUCAGAUUUGCCUCCAUUAUCAGUGUUUUGUACUGUACGUGUUGAAAAAAAGAAAAAAACCUUCAACAUAUUUGGUGUUUUUCGGUGUGUUUUCGUGUCCUAGCUUGCAGACUACUGUUACGCCUCAUGCUAUACUGUAGGCUUUGAGUACACCUGGCUUUUAAUACACAGCAUCAAAGAUGAAAUGUAGUACAUGUUGGCAGUAGCGUGCAUUAAAUGUUCGGCUCUGGGAAGGACAUGACUUUAGACUGCCUAGUGAUUAACAGAUAACGCUAUUAAAAUGAUAAUAAAUUCA